AUCAGAAUUUAUUUAUAUCUGAAUUAUGCUUACCAAAUAUUGACCAAGCUAAUAUAGUUGAAAAUUCUAUUAUUACUUCAGAUAAGCGGGUUAAAAAUAGAAAAUUAAGAUCUAUGAUUCAUAAACCAAUAAAAAAAGUGAGAAAGAAAGAUGAUCUAUAUACUUUAAUCAAACGUAAUCGUAAAGAAACAAAAGAAGCUGAACAUGAAUCAGAAAGAAUUUUAACCACGAAUCACUGUGUGAUUGUCUUCAGCAAACCCACAACUUUUUAUUGA